AUGUUGAUUAUGGUGCUCAGUGAUCAUUGGUUCACCCGAGCUUUCACGGACUCUGUGGAGAUCAAGUCAGGGAACAGCCGAGGUCUCCAGACGGAGCGGGCUCCGGGAGGCAGCGAGUGGAACCUUCGGCUUAGAACGCGGACCGCGGGCCUGAGCCUCUGCGGGCGCCACGUCCUCCGGGAGCCUGUUUCCCUACCCCUGGUUCGGGGGGGACACCCACCUCGGGGCUGCGGGGAGAAGCCUACUGAGCGCGGGCCCACCACCCCUCAGCCGCCACACGGCGAGGGCGAGGCGGCGAGAAGGGCGCGCCAGGCAAGGACCCUCCCCCACGCCCCGGCCAGGGCCGGAGCUCCGCUACCAUUCCGGAAAUGCCUGAGGAAAGCCAGAGUCUUCCGCUUUCUCAAGCAGCUAGCAACCCACUGCUCACCCGCUGUGCCGCUGCAGCUCUCGCUCCGGCCUUGCUCUCCCGGUGGCCACUCGCGAACGCACUUCCGGCUCUGUCCGCUUGUGGCGUUCCCUCAUCUGCUCUCCGAUGUCGACACUUCGAUGUCUGCAAGUUCCGCGGCUGGUUGUGGCUCUCAGCCAAUGCUGCAUCAGCCACCAUCAGCCUCUUCCUCCCUUGGAGCCACCGUCCGUCUCACCUGUACCCUGAGCAGAAACCUUAACAUCCGUGUUUACAGCAUUUACUGGUACCAGCAGAGGCCAGGCCACCCUCCCAGGUUCCUGCUGAGCUAUUUCUCACACUUAGACAAGCACCAGGGUCCCAAGGUGCCCCCUCGCUUCUCUGGAUCCAAAGACAUGGCCAGGAACCUGGGGUAUCUGAGCAUCUCUGAACUGCAGGCUGAGGACGAGGCUGUGUAUUACUGCGCUGUGGGGCCCCGGAGCCAGGAAAAGAAGAAAGGAAUGGAAAGACUGUGGAGAGGAGAAAAGUAGCUUACAGAUUCUGGAUCCCAGGCUCUAGAGACGAGACAUUCAGACCCUGAAGUGAAGACUGAGUUUGCUUUGCUAGCCUAGGCUGGUAGAGGGAGGCGGGGUAGAGCAUGGGGCUUUGCCGAGCCAAGGAGGGAGAUGGAGCCAUCCAGCAGUGUUGUAUUGCAGUGUUUCAGUGACCCCCAUCGGAGGUUGGAUUAUAGAAUUAAAGCUGUUUUUCUGAUA